AUAUUCUAUGCGCAUAAUGACAUUUGUGCAUCAUUACGUAUAGUUUAUGUGAAUAUUUGUAUUGAAUUCCGUUACCACUACUUAAUUAAGCUUUAAAGUUUGGAUUUUGGAAGGGUCUUGUUUCGCGGUUAUGGAUCCUAAUGUGCAGACGAACGCGGAGCCACAAGAAUCAGAAAAAGUUACAGUGGGGGAGGAACUGCAGAACAGUAUGAAAGAAAAUGUCGAGGAAACAAGUCUGGAAGUGGACGUGCAGGCAUGCAAGACAGCUGCGAACACUGUUACAGAAUCGACGGAAAAUUCAGUUCCCCCUAUAAUAAAAGAAAACGGCGAGGGAGCAGAAUUACCACAGAAAACCGAAGAACUGAAAAGGGAACUGUCUGAACUGAUAAAAAAAUUCAACGCCGUCCAGUCAAAAGUUUUGUCCCUCAACUCUAAACAAGAUCAAAGAUUGGAAGAAAUCAGCUCAACUUUAAGUAAUGAAAGAAAACAAGAUAUGCUGGCGAUAAGACAAGUACAAGCAAAAUUGGUUACCGACUUUGAAAAGAACUCUGCAGAGUUGUGGAGUAAUAACAAUAAUGAAUUUAGUGAGCUUGCUACUCGAAUGAUGAAGCUGGAGGAGAAGUUUAUCGAUGCAGAUAAGAGAUUUAGGAAUUUGGAGAGCUUGCUGGAAGAGGAACAAGUUGGAACCUACUGGAUGGAAGGAAAAACGCAGAACAAAACUCCGCUCGUCAAAGAAAAGCCUGAUCAUGUCUGCCAAAUGCUUCCAAAUUUCCUGAAAGUAACACUGCUGUUCACCUGUGCACUGAACUAUGCUGAUACUGUGACAGAUAUUAUCACUGCUGCAGACAUGUUCAGGAAUGAAAAGUAUGUGUUAGGAUCAUUGUCACUUGGAGUUAUGAUCUUGGUUGGAGUUUGGAUACCUUUCCAUACGCGAUCAUUGACUCAGUCAGAUGAAACAGAGAAAAAGUUCAAAGGACAAAUUACGUGGAAAAGCAUCUUAGCAGCCUUGACUUUCUCCUCGACACAAUACUUCAUACUGAAAAAGUUUCUUUUGAAGCACCCAGAAGGAAAAUACGACCGCAAGAAAUGUGUCAGAUACAACAACAUCCAAUGCAGAACGGAAAAGUGCAACAAUCUGAGGCAUAAGAUGAGGCAACUUCACGAGGGAGUCAUCCUAGAGAAGAUGUGUGAGAACUUACCUCAGUUCAUUCUCCAAAUCAUAAACAUAGCACCUGAGUACCUGUCACCCACUGUCACUGUAUCGGGGUUCUGGCAUUACUGGAAACUGGUGUCCCUGCUCCUUACCACUUUUUCACUUGCCAGGGCUUGUGUCAAAUUUGAUUUCUUUAGGCUCGAUAUGAACCCCCGACUCUUCAGUUUCUGCAUGAUUGGAACAGGAUGGAAAGCUUUGUAUCCACAAAAUUUCAUUGAUCUACUAGUCUUGGUCCAUGCAACGGCUAUAGCAUGUAAAGGCUUAUCAGUUGUAUUCCUCAUCAUGUUGGUGAACCAUAACUUUGCAGAGGAUAAGGGGAUGGGAUGGUGCACCCUGACCACAGCUCUGAAAGAUGUUCAUUCAGAUUUCCAAUCCAACUGCUACUUUGAAACCAAGGUGACAGGCCUGCUUUUUCUUUACUUACUGACAUACUAUGUUGGCAUAAGCAUACUAAUUAUUUCGGAGUUGCCGUUAGUCUUCAAACAUAGUAUCAAGAAUACGCUGAGCAAAAUUGAGACUUUAGGGUCCCGCAUUCGUUACGUCCUUCGGUUUAUCCGUAAUCUGUGGUGGAUGUAUGUGAUGAACUUUGUAGUUCAACAUCGCCACUUUAUGUCAGAUUUCACAAAUCACCUCCCAAAUGUUGAAUGCACAAUAUUCAAAACGAAGGUCGGGCCAUCUAUUCUGCAGGCAUUGGGUACAGUGAUUUUCACCCUUACAUUCUACAUGAAAGGUGACAGCAGUUUCAACAACGUUCAUUUAGGGAUAACUCCAUUUCACUUGGCUCUCGUGGGAAUCGUAAUUGAGGCUAUUCAUCUUACUUGCCUCUUGGCAAUGGUAUACUGGGCUGAUCCCCAACAUGUUCAGUCCCUUUCAGACGAGAAAAUUGCUGAAUAUCUCAUCAGGAAGGGCAUCGUGGAUGGAGCUGUUGACGUUUCGUGCUCAAGAAAUGCUAAAGACAUCAUAAGGGAAAUAAUCGGAAGAAAUGAAAGCAAUAUCGGCGUUUACAAAGAAGACAUCCGAGAAGAAAUGAUAGGGUACAGCAGACAAUUGCCCUCUGAAAACCGUGUGAAAGGCAUUGCUGAGUUUCACAGAACCUUCGCAGAGGCCAUCAGGAAAUGUAGCCAAAAGAACUACACUCCUUUACAACAAGAUGAAGAACAGAAGAAAACAGAGGUCACUAAUGACAAAUCGGAAGUAGUGGAUAUUGAGCUUGCAGUUCGCACAUGAAGAACAAACAUCGAAUGGAAUCAAAACAAAACCAAUAAUAACUACCGUGUGAGAUAAACAUAAAGCUAUCAUUGUUUGAUAAGAUGUAUGUAGAAUUCUGCUAGAGGAAGGUAGUACCUAACAUAGAAACUUCAUAAGUAAGUGAAUAUGGCAUGUUGUGUAUUCACAAAUAACUUUCUCAGGAGGAUCUGAGUUUAUUCCUGCUUCAGAGUUUUUGAACUGAAAAAAUUAUUUUUUAUUAUAUUUUUCUCUGUUAACAGGUUCGAAACAUUAAAUUUUUCCUGGAAUUAAUUUUUUAGGUGUUCAGUUUUAUCUAAAUUUCAAAUUC